AUGAUAAAGCAACGUAAAAAAUUUGAAACAACAAUUCACAAAAAGAAAACACAUACAGAUCAAUUAUUAAAAUGGUUCAGCUGCCAAGCAAAGAAAUAUAAAAUAGGCUUAAUAAAAACUCAAACAUUUUGUACAUUAAAUAUUUGUUCAUCAAAAACUUUAUUAAUAGAACAAUGUAAUUUAAUUGAAAAACCAUUAAUCAAAAAUUCAUAUGCAGCUAAUUUAGUAAAAAGAAAAAUUAAUAAUAUAAUACAACAAUUUGAUCGACUUAAUUCACCAAUUCUAACAAACAGGACUUUGUUUGAAGUUAGUCUUCUUUAUCAAAAUGUAUAA